GGCCGGGGGAGGUGCCCGGGGGCCGGGCCGGGCCGUGGCGGCGCCUCGGGGCCGCGCUCUGCCCCGCGCAGGUGGCGGCGCGGGCGCGGCUCGCGGUGACUCCCCCGGGCCGGGGCGGCGGCGGGCGCUGAGACCUCGGCCCGGAUGGAAACCGGGGGCGAUGCCAGGGCGGCACCUCGGCGGGCCGGCAAAGGCGGCGGCCGCGGCGGGGUCCCAGCGGCCGCCGAGCCCGGCGCUGCCCCGGCUGCGGCCACCGGCGUGAGCAUGGAUGGGCCCGGCGGCGGCGGGGGGAGCGGCGCGGCCGCGGACACGGACGCUGCGGCGGCGCCGGCAGCCCCCGGGGCCCCCGCCCCGCCGCCCCGCGGCCCCGGCUCCAGGGACCCCAAGCUGGUCCAUCAGCGGUUCCUGCGGAGGAGCGUGGUGGACUCGGACCAGGAGGAGCCCGCCUUCGACCUGCCCGAGGCGGAGCACCAGCGGAGAAUCAUCCUGCUCCCCAAAACCAGGAGGAUAAUCGCGGAGCGGGCCAAGGCGGGGCAGGGGGCGGCGGAGGCGGCGGGCCGGGAGGCCGAGUGCUCCGGAGAGCCGCGGACAGCGCCGGCCGCGAGCAGCGCCGCGGGCGCCGAGGAGCAGAAGGAGCCGGGCAAGGAUGCGGAGCGGAGAGAGGUGCAGGAUGCUGCCAAGGACCAGGGCAAGGCUAAGAAAGAGGAACCCGAGGAGGAGGCUGACAUGAAAGCGGUUGCCACCUCUCCGGAUGGCAGGUUCCUAAAGUUUGAUAUUGAACUCGGGCGGGGAUCCUUCAAAACGGUCUACAAGGGUCUGGACACGGAGACGUGGGUGGAAGUCGCGUGGUGUGAACUGCAGGACAGAAAACUCACGAAAGUAGAGAGGCAGAGAUUUAAAGAGGAAGCAGAAAUGUUGAAGGGUCUACAGCACCCAAACAUCGUGAGGUUUUAUGACUUCUGGGAAUCCUGUGCAAAAGCCAAAAGAUGCAUCGUGCUGGUUACCGAGCUGAUGACCUCUGGAACGCUGAAGACGUAUCUGAAGAGAUUUAAAGUGAUGAAGCCUAAAGUCCUGCGGAGUUGGUGUCGGCAAAUCCUGAAGGGUCUUCUUUUCUUGCACACAAGAACUCCACCAAUAAUUCACAGAGACUUGAAAUGUGAUAAUAUUUUUAUUACUGGACCAACUGGAUCUGUGAAAAUAGGAGACUUGGGUCUGGCAACACUCAAGAGAGCUUCAUUUGCCAAAAGUGUCAUAGGCACACCGGAAUUCAUGGCCCCAGAAAUGUACGAGGAGCACUACGACGAGUCUGUGGACGUCUACGCCUUUGGAAUGUGCAUGCUGGAAAUGGCUACCUCAGAAUACCCCUACUCAGAAUGCCAGAAUGCUGCUCAAAUCUACCGAAAAGUAACCUGUGGUAUAAAGCCAGCAAGCUUUGAGAAAGUUACUGAUCCUGAAAUCAAGGAGAUAAUUGGGGAGUGCAUCUGCAAAAACAAAGAAGAAAGAUAUGAAAUUAAAGAUUUAUUAAGCCAUGCCUUUUUUGCUGAAGAUACUGGGGUAAGAGUGGAACUUGCAGAAGAAGACCAUGGUAGGAAAUCCUCUAUUGCCUUAAGACUCUGGGUAGAAGAUCCUAAGAAACUGAAAGGAAAACCCAAAGAUAAUGGAGCCAUUGAGUUUACUUUUGAUCUGGAGAAGGAAACUCCUGAUGAUGUUGCACAAGAAAUGAUCGACUCGGGGUUUUUCCACGAGAGCGACCUCAAGAUCGUGGCCAAGUCCAUCCGCGACCGCGUGGCGCUGAUCCUGUGGCGGCGCGAGCGCAUCUGGCCCCGCAUGCAGGCAGAGGAGCGCCGCGACGCCGACGGCCCCGACAGGGCCAGGGCGCCGCAGGCGCAGCAGGUCCAGGUCACCCUCCUGCCCCAGGCGGGCCAGCACGUCCUGUCGGAGCCCGAGGAGCCCGAGGCCGACCAGCACCCCUUCCAGCAGAACCUGCCCACCAGCGUCACCUCCGUGGCCUCUGACAGCACGUUCGACAGCGGCCAGGGCUCCACGGUGUACUCGGACUCGCAGAGCAGCCAGCAGAGCGUCAUCUACUCGUCCCUGCCGGACGCCGUCCCCCCGGCCAUCCAGAGGGUCUACAGCCCCCCCCUGAGCGAGGGCCAGCCUGGGCCCCACAGCCUCCCCCCGCUCGGCCACUACCAGCAGCCCUCGGCACCCGUGCUGCCCGCGGUGCCCGCGGUGCCGCCCGCGCCCGCCGUGGUGCCCCAGCACUACCCCGAGGCGCCGAUGCCGUUCCCGGGGGUGCCCAGCACCGUGGCCUCGCUCCCGCUGGGGCCGGCGCCGCCCGUGCUGCCCGGCCAGCAGCAGCAGCCGCAGCAGCCGCAGCCCAUGUCGCAGGCAGCGCCGCUGCAGCAGGUGCUGGGCAGCCAGCCCGUGUGCCCGCUGCUGCCGCCCUUCCCGGCGCAGGGCGCGCCCGUGCCCGCCGGCAGCGCCCCGCUGAAGCCGCUGCAGAUCUCCACCGUGCCGCAGCUCCCGCCAGUGGCCCCCUCACAGAUUCCUCAGUUUCCCGUCAUUCCUGCAAUUACUCCCCUGGCAGGGCUUGACAGCCUUCCUCCAAACCUGUCUGACAUCCCCGCUGCAAACGUGCCCCCCAUCCCCGCUCCCUCCCAGUACUUUGCCCCGGCCGUGAUCCUGCCCAGCCUGCCCAUGAACCCCACGCUGCCCAUGGCGCCCAACUCCCCCGCCCUGCCCAUGCAGGCCGUCAACCUGCCUCACACCACCGUGGCUUCUCUGGUCCUGCCCUGCCAGCCCAUCGUGCCCAACAUGCCGGCGGCCACCAUCCCGCUGCUGGCCGUGGCGCCGCCGGGGGUGCCGCCGCUGCCGCCGCAGCCGCUGCCACCGCAGCCGCAGCCCGUUCCCGCAGUGUUCCAGCCCGCCUUCCAGGGGAUGCUGCCCGGCGACGCGCCCUCGCCGCACCACGCACAGAGCUCCCAGCCCGGCCCGCAGCCGCCUCCUGCGGCCCUGCAGCCACCUCCUGCAGCCCUGCAGCCAGCUCCUGCGGCCCUGCAGCCAGCUCCUGCGGCCCUGCAGCCGCCUCCUGCAGCCCUGCAGCCCGGCGGGAUCCACCCUCCCGAGCCGGCUCUGGCCGCGCCCGCAGCGGCUCACCAGCCCAUGCCUGGACACUCGCAGUUUGCUCUGGAAGCUGCAGCCCAGGUGCCCGUGCUGCCGGUGCAGCCCUCCAUGGUCAUGUCACCGCCGUUGCCGCCGCAGCCGGAGCUGGUGCCGCCCUGCGUCGCUCCCGAAGGCGUUCCCCAGGUCCAUGGCAGCCUUGCCACGGCUGCCCCGCCCGUCCCCAUAGAGCCUGGCCUGCCUCUCCAGCCCUCUGCUCUGCUGCAGCUCCAGCCUGAUCUUUCCCAGCCCCUGGGCCAGCAGCUCCCCGCUCCCUGCCCGGCUGUCGCGGCAGGCGCAGAGACAUCUCAAGAGGAGCAGACUAUACAAGACAAACUCCAAGCUCUGUCCCAGAGCUGCGAAAGCUACAUGAGUCCAGAUGUUGCUUCUGGUAAAGAGAUGAGUGACAGCUUGGAAGGAGCAGCAGGAAGUGGAAAGCAGGAAGGAAAGUCUUCGAAGAAGCAUAAGAAAUCCACGCGUGCUCGUUCGCGCCAGGAGAAGUCCAACAGACCCAAACUGACCAUAUUAAAUGUGUGUAACACAGGGGAUAAGAUGGUGGAGUGCCAGCUUGAAACCCAUAACCACAAAAUGGUGACGUUCAAGUUUGACUUGGAUGGUGACGCCCCGGAGGAAAUUGCCACUUACAUGGUGGAGAAUGAAUUCAUCUUGCAAAGUGAAAAAGAGACUUUUAUUGAGCAAAUGAAGGAUAUCAUUGAUAAAGCAGAAGAUAUGCUCAGUGAGGAUACAGAAGGAGAGCGAAGUUCUGACCAGGGAACAAGUCCCCAACAAGAUACUGAUAGGCUGGAAAUGAGUGAGGAGAAGCGUCAGUCUCAAAUGAAGACACCAGUGUAUCAGCAAAAUGUAUUGCAUACUGGAAAAAGGUGGUUUAUUAUAUGUCCAGUGGUGGAAAACCCUACUACGGAUGCCCCCGAGUUUUCUCCCCCGGUGCCUCCCAGCGCCCAGCAGACAGAAGGGCCAGACCCGGAGCAGUCGGAUGACCUGCCGGUGAGCUCUGCAGUGCCAGAGGCGCCCGGGCUCGGGGCUGGCCAGCAGCUUCCCCUGCACACAGGGCUCAGUGACAGCCCCCUCGGAGCCGCCCCGGCCUUGGCUCCUGCCGCGGCAGCUCCUGCCGGCGUGGCGAGCCAGCCAGAGUUCCCAGCCCCGCUGGCACCCGCCCCGAGCGCCGCGGAGCCCGCGCCGGCCGGCGGGGCUCAGCCGGAGUACCCCCGAGCCGUGGGGCCGGAGGAGCCGCCCGACGUCCCGGCCCCGCAGCUGCAGCCGCAGGCGGACGAGCCGGCCUGCGUGCCCGACGUGGAGAUGGGCUCCCGCUGCAGCGUGGGGCCGCCGGGGCCACUGCCCGCGGGGCCGGACCGUGCCACAGUGAUGGAGCCCGGCUCGGGGCCGGAGCGGCAGCAGGGGCUGCCCCUGCCCGAGGGCGGCCAGCCCGGCGCGGGGCCCGUGAGCGGCCAGCCCGGCGCGGGGCCCGUGAGCGGCCAGCCCGGCGCGGGGCCCGUGGGCGGCCAGCCCUUCCCGGACGCGCUGGGCCUGGCGGGCUCCCAGCUGCAGAGCCCCACGCAGGUGCCGCUGGCCGUGCCCCCGCAGCCGCCGGUGGCGCAGGGCGGCCCGGGCAUGGCCGGGGCCAGCCUGUCCCAGCAGCAGAACGCCCCCGGCACCGCCGAGUCCGACGGCGAGGGACCCCCCCGGGUGGGCUUCGUGGACAACACGAUUAAGAGCCUGGAUGAGAAGCUGCGCAAUUUGCUGUACCAGGAAUAUGUUCCAACUUCUUCGGCAUCGGCAGGGACACCAGACACCUCUGUGCCCCCCGAGCAGGGCGACAGCGAGUUCACCCUGUCGCCUUUUCCCCAGGAACAAGCAGCAGCCCCGGCGCCGGAUGGGAGAGAAGCAGCCCAGGGCAUCCUGGACACCGGCCAGGAGGUGAAGCUGGACAAGCUGGAAGUCGCUGGUGGGAGUGCUCAUCCCUCAGAGGCAAGAGGUCCAGCCACAAGCAUCGCUUCAGCUCCUGCUGCUCCAGCGAAGGGCCUCCUUCAGGUCGCAGCUCCGUCGUCAGGCACGGCUCCACAGUCGGGGCCUGUGCAGAGGGCCGGGGAGGCGGAGAGGCGAGCGGCGGCCGACGGGGCGGCGAGCAGCCUGCGCAGGGACGGCGCUCCGGGCUCCGCUCCCGCCGGGAAGCAGGGACAGCAGCCCGAGGCUCAGGAGAGUGGCACGCCCGCCAAAACCAUCGGCCGGUUCUCGGUCGUCAGCACGCAGGACGAGCUGACCCUGGCGGCCCCGCAGUGCCUGCGGUUCUCGGCGCCCCCGGACGUGUACCUGGACGAGCUGCCCUCCAGCCCGGAGGCGAAGGCGGCUGUCCGCAGGGUGCAGACCGCCUCCUCCGUGGACGUGCUGUGCGACCCGGCCUCCAGCGACUCUGCCGACGAGCCCUGCCCGCGGCCGCCCGCCGCCGCGCAGCUCUCCCCGCCCAGCAGCAGCACAGCCACGGACUUGAUCAAAAAAGCAGCUGCUUUUCUGCAGAGGUCUGGCAAGGGCGGCUCCCCCGGCCCGGAGUCGCCCAACGGGCAGGGUGCGAAGAUUCCCACCAUCAACAUCACGUCCUUCCACUCGCAGUCGUCCUACAUGAGCAGUGACAAUGACUCAGAGUUUGAAGAUGCUGAUAUGAAGAAAGAAUUGCAGAACCUGAGAGAAAAGCAUAUGAAAGAGAUUGCUGAGCUGCAGACGCAGCAGAAGAACGAGAUAGAGGCGCUGUAUAUUCGGCUGGGGAAACCCCUUCCUCCCAACCUGGGCUUCCUUCACUCCGCCCCGCCGAGCGGCCGGCGACGGAGAACCAGCAAAAACAAAUUGAAAGCUGGAAAACUCUUGAACCCUCUGGUCCAGCAGCUCAGGAGUGGAACAUCAAGCACAAGUAACCUCUCGGACUCCAAGGACUCGCCCCCCCAGGAGAGCGGCGGGUGGCAGCCGGGCUCCCCCGCGGCGCCGGCCCGGGCGGUGCAGACGCAGCAGCCCUGCUCCGUCAAGGCCUCGCUGUCCUCCGACCUCUGCUCCGGCCUCGGCCCUGACGCGCCCGACGCCAGCGCCGGCUCUGCCCAAGGCUGGACGGUUUUCCACCAAACGUCUGAGAGAGUGACCUAUAAAUCUAGUAGCAAACCUCGUACCAGAUUCCUCAGUGGACCUGUGUCUUUGUCCAUCUGGUCCACCUUGAAACGACUAUGUCUAGGCAAAGAUCACAGUAGUAGAUCCUCGACCAACAGCCUGGUGACGUGUCCUGAGCCGCUCCCGCAGUCGACGCUGCAGGUUCAGGCCAACAACAGCAACAACAAGAAAGGGACGUUCACAGACGACCUGCACAAGCUGGUGGACCAGUGGACGAGCAAAACUGUUGGAGCUGCACAGACAAAACCUUCUUUAAACCAACUGAAGCAGAACCAAAAAAGGCAAGACAUGGAGCCAAAGGCUAACCCCAUGCAAAUGCAGAAUGAGACAUGUGGAGUAAAUUCGGUAAGGACAGGACCGGGGAGCAAGUGCCCCGUUCCGGUGGCUUGCCCCCUGCCCACGGGAUUAGCUCCUGGAGCCGCACCGCCCCUGCCCGUGCCCGGGCCGGCGCUGGCGGGCGCCGUGGCGCCGUACGCGAUGCCGCUGUGUCGGUACGGAGCCGCCUUCCCCUCGCCCGUGUUCGGAGUGCCGUGGCCGGGCCCGGUGCCGCAGCCGGGGCUGGCCCGGGCUCCCGGCAUCGUGCGCUUCUCGCCGCUGGGCCGGACCUGCCUGCGCAUGUACCCGGGGCCGCUGCAGCGCCCGGCGCGGCCGCACAGCCCGCGGCUGCGCCUGACCUAGCGCGGGGAGCGGCCCGCGGCACCGGCCGUGGGUCACCCUGCCGUGGGUCACCCUGCCACGGGGACCGGCCCACGGGAACCCUGCCACAGGACCCUGCCGCGGGUGACCUUGCCGUGGGUGACCCCGUCCGUGGGUGACUCCGCCGCGGGUCCCGCUGGCUGUGGCGCUGUCACGUUGGAGUGUUUGCCCUGUUGGUGCCGGGGGGUGUGUGGGACCGGGCGGGCACGGCCGUAGCCUGCAUCAGCAGUCUGGGGCAGCAGCACCACGGAUCCUUUGGCUCACGGCAAUAUCUGCUUCUGUCCCAUUGCUGAAGACACUUUAUUCCUCGUGUUCUGUUUCACACUUGCGAUCCUUAACACCAUUGUACUUGAAUUGAUAAUUAGCAAAUUGUACUAACCCUGCAGGAGUUCAGUGCCUUGAAUCUCAGCUUUCCAGUCCCAGCUGGAAAGAGAUGUACAAUUAUUUGGAAGGUGUAUUUUAUUUACAAUCUGCUUGUGAAUUGGAGGUCUUUUUAUUUGCAGAGAUAUUGCAGGUUUACCGUUGAUGUUCCUCAUCAGCUUCCUUCUGCUGUAAAUGCUUUUGUUUUAUUCACGGGUUGAAUUUUCAUUUCUGAAGCUUUUAGAAAUAAGAAUUGUGAGGUGAGGUUUGUUUGACAUGUUUGUUUGAUGCACUGAUCGUAAAAUUGUUGGUGUUUGUACAAGGAGUAGUGAAGUGCACAUUGUAAUGUAGGAGCAUUUACAAGAGUGAUCCAAGGAAAGUGUACACAAGGACAGAGUGCAGCUUCAGGCAGCGCUCUGUUCUCCUUCCCAGCCUGUGGUAAAGUCAUUGUAGAUGGUGAAUUAAUUCUGUAACAGGCAGCAAAUGCUGUUUUCCUCUGGAUCAGCAGCACACUGGAUUGUAUUUCUUUUCCCCGUGUGGGCUUUUAUAAUUUAGUUGAAUCACAAGCUCGUGCGUGUUCUGUGAUGGAACUGGACGGCGGCAGAGCGUUCCUGCCGGUGGCCCUGGGCCCCGUGUGGGCAGAGCACGGCACCGAGCUCCAGGGCGACCCCUGGUCCUGGCAUGCCAGCUGUGUUCAUGCUAAAACAGAAUAAAAAUGUGAAGCUGUUCUUUUUCAUAUCUGACACUUCAGGUUUGAGUCUCACCGCCUUCUGUUUGGAUUUUUUUAUCUAUUUAUUUAUUUAUUUAUCUUUAUUUUUACCCAAGUUUGCGCUCCAGGUGGCACGGACACCUCUCUCCUGUUCCAAAGUUGCUUUUUGCCCAUUUUACUGUGCGUAGAGCCUCCACCUGCACCUCAGUGCAAAGGCACAAGGUAACCACUAGAGCUGGUUUGCCAUGGUAAGUCUCCUCCCCUCCCUGGGCGCUACGGGCAGCGUUACAGGCACAGGACACGGGUGUGGCACACCCAAAGGCCCCACGACCACGUUUUGUAACCCUCUGCUGAGGGGCAGAGCCGUCCUGUGCCGCCAAGCUGUGAAUUGUAUAGUUCUGUUGUACUUCAAGCAUUAUACCUGUCUAAAUUACUUUGUUUGUACCCUUUGAAUAUAUUAUUCCAUCAAUUCAGUUAGAAUUGAAUUUUAUACACAAUUAUGCAGAGUCUUCUGCCUGGGCAAAAUACUUACUGCAGUAAGAGAUUUCUGUUCUCUGUACCAUGUAUCUUUAAUUUGUUUGGGUUUUCUAGAUUCAUGUCUGUAUGCUUCAAGAGCAAACAUGGAAAAUAUGUUCUCACACCGGGUUCCCUUUGGCUCGCACUGAAUCCUACAGUUUAUGUUGCUAUUGCCUGUACAGUCCAUCCCUUGUAUACUGACAAAGUCAGUGGCACUAAAACCCCCAAGAAAUUGUAUAGAUUAAAAAGAAAAAUAAACAUUUUGUGCUUGAAAA